AUUCCAGUAUUUCCAGCAUCAGUUUAAAUUUCGAACGCCUUCCCAGCCAGUUCCAUUUCCCGCGCGACGAGACGUAAACCCCGCGCUUUUGGUAUAAUCCUUUUCAUAAAAAAGAAAAAUAAACAUGAGAAUGACUAAUCAAAUUGACGAUGAACAGAUCGCAAUGCUUCGGCGAGCAUUCAGCAUGUUCGACUCGAGCAAACAGGGCCGCAUUGAGAAAGAGAAGGUGCGCACGAUUCUCAACACCAUGGUACACAGUUACGACGACCGCGAGCUGGAUGAGAUGCUUGAUAGUGAAGAAACUGAUGACAGUGGCAAACUGAACUUUGACUCGUUCGUUCGCGUGGCGACUCACUUCCUGGAUGAAGAUGACGAGGCUCUGCAGAAGGAGUUGAAGGAAGCCUUCAGAUUGUACGAUAAAGAAGGUAACGGCUACAUCCCCACAUCGAGCCUCCGCGAGAUCUUGGCUGCGCUGGAUGACCAGCUCACUCCAGAUCAGCUCAACGAGAUGAUUGCAGAGAUCGACACAGACGACUCUGGUACUGUUGACUUUGAUGAGUUUAUGGAGAUGAUGACGGGCGAUUAGUCAACAGAAGAACAAAGAAACAACAAGUGAAGAAAAUUUACCGUGAAAAUAAGUUACUUUACUAAUUCUUUGUAUCAUUAAUUAUAUUGAAAA